GCGCGAAUAAACAUGGUUGUUCGUAUAUAUGAUACACAAAGUCCCUUACACUGAUCUACUGUCAAUGAUUCAUGAGGCUGACCCCUGAUCAGUGUGACAGCUGUUUAAAACGACAGGAUAAACCAGACUGAUCAGGAAAGUCGACCUGUCAAACAUGAAGGUUCUGGACAAAGACGAGCUGCAGGUCGUUGAAGAAGUUCUGUUCCGACAUUUACCGAAGAGUUACAAGGUCUACGGUUUCGUACAUGCUUUCAUCAGGAACAAACCGACGACGCUGCAGCUGGUCGUUGAUUCGUGGCCAGAUUUUAAAGUCAUCAUUUGCAGACCUGACCCUCUGAACAAGCGUGCCCUAGACUUCAGGAAAAAGGUAACAUACUACAGCAUGGAUGAACAGGUUUUAAGGAAAAUGCUGACAGAAGAGAAUGCAGUUGACUGGAGCACUUGUUUCCUAAUUGGAGGCUUUGACUUUUCUCACGCAUCCUUACUCAAGGAAGUGUCCUCUGACAGAAAAGUCAACAACAGAGUCUUUACUUUGGUGCAUCUUAUGUAUUUGCCAGACAUCAAGAAUCUGCUCGCACCACCGGUUGACAGUGAGCUUGAAUCAAGGAUUUCAUCUCUUAACCUUUCCCAUGUGGACUUGGUGAAUAAAACAUGGAAGUUCGGAGGGAACGAGCAGAGCUACAGAAACGUCAAAAACUUAAUCGGCAACUUCCCAUCAUGCUGCAUCACGGACGGCCAGGGUCAGCCGGUGUCCUGGAUUCUGCUGUAUGAUUACUGUGCCAUGGGCUUGUUGUACACUCUGCCAGAGCACAGAGGAAAAGGCUACGCCAAAGUGUUGGUCAGCGCCAUGGCCAAGAAACUCCACGCUGAGGGCUACCCUGUGUACUGCUUCAUAGAGGAGGACAACAUGGUGUCUUACAAACUCUUUAAAAGCCUGGGCUUCAUCGAGGAUGCCUCUUACAGGGCAGGGUGGUUUGAGUUCAACUUUUAGUUUUGAUUAAACGUAUGGCUGAUGUUUUUUCAGUUAAACUUUCUUCACAUGAAAAAAUAUGAUAGUCAUGCCAAGUAAUGCAAAUCAAAGGUGAUUAUAAAGAUAUAUACUAUUUCAUUCUGAAGAUAUUUUAAGUGCUGUAAUAGUAAUCACUCUUGUUAUACAGUGUAUUUUAAAUGUGAAAUUUAUGUGUCCCAAAGCACGACAUUAAAUAAAUAAUACAGCAAUAAAGGUCAUUUUUUACAACAUGCACAUCCUACAGUAUCUACAAGAGACAUCAAAAUGAAGUUGAGCUGGAUUGAUUUACUCUUUGCUUCCUGUUAGUGCUGAAUAAUUAUGAAAUUAUCCGUGCCCCAUACAAAUAAUAGUAACUCUGGUUUUCCAAAGUAAAGACAUGUCAUGCAUA